AUGGGGUUUAGAUUUUAUUGGUCCAUUGAAUCCCUGUCAAGUGCUGGUCAUACUCAUAUCCUCACAGAUACAAAUUAUUUUAUGAAGUGGGUGGAAGCAGUCCCCGUCAGGAAGACUACUUUAGAAAUUGUUUGCAACUUCCUGAAAGAGAAUAUCUUGACUAGGUUUGGUUUACCCUGGAAGAUCGUGAUCGAUAAUGCCCCAAAUUUCUCUUCCGAAGAGCUCAACAUAUUUUAUUAUGAUCAUGGCAUUAUCUUAUCUCAUUCUUUAGAUUACUAUCUACAAGGAAAUGGCCAGGCUGAAUCUAGCAAUAAGAAUUUGAUUUCUAUAAUGCAAAAAUUGGUGGCUGAGAAUGCAAAGGAUUGGCAUAAAAGGCUAUAUGAAGCACUGUUGGAAGACAAGAUCUCUCCUAAAAGGGCUAUAGGUAUGACACCAUUUGAAUUGGUAUACAAAGUAGAAGCUCAAUUGCCCUUACCCCUGGAAUUAUCAGCUGCUAGGUUGCAGAAGGUGAUAGAAGAUUAA